AUGUUUGAUUAUAAACAAUUUUACGUUCGAUUAAUUUACAUUAUUAUAUUCCUGUUUCUUACAGCCAAAAGUAACGAUGCUGCUGAAAAUUUAUCCCCUGGUAAUUGUGUGCAAACCUAUGACAGUGGGACGGACUAUUUUCCUUCCAAGGUUACAGUUACUACUGCUUCUUUAUUCACCAUAAAGUAUAAUAAUAAUUAUAAACUUGUUAUGAACACUGCCACCAAGGAUACUUUUGCUCUUGUUCAAUGUGGAACUCCUGUUCCAACUGGUUUACCUGCUGGCACAAAAGUCUUUAAUAUAUCUCUCAAUAAUGUUGCUGUCAUGGAUACCUCUGUUGUACCUUAUCUUGAGGCUCUUGGUCUUAGAUCCCAUAUUACCGCUUUGGGUUCUCCUUUUGUAACUUCACCUUGCCUUCAGGCCCUUAAUUCUAAUUUGACAAUUAUUUCCACUGACAACAUGACACUUGAAAUUCAGCAACUUUCAAAAGUUGAUGCUUCAUUUGAUUCAAUGUCAAAUCUUUCUGAUCCUAAAUCAAUUAGUAUUUCUGCUGCUUCUGAUCCUGGUCCACUUAAUAGAGCUGAGUGGAUAAAAUUUUUUUCGGUUUUUUUUAAUCUUGAAGAUAGUGCUAAUACUUUUUAUAAUCAAAUAAGUGAUAAUUACAAUUGUUUAAAAAAAUUACCCUCUUCUAAUAGUCAUCCUUUAGUGGCUUGGGUUGCCUACAAUGAACCUUCAUCUUUUAAUAAUAAUACUGCUUCUUGGACAAUCAAUGAUGCUCCUUACAAAAAAAUUUUUACUGAAGACGCUGGUGGCACUUAUUUUAAUUCUACUACUCUUUCUUAUUCCACAAGCUCCUCCUUCCUUUCUGCUAUUUCCAAUGUUGAUAUUUUAAUUGAUGAAACUUUUGUUGCUCCCAAUAUUUCUGCCUUUUAUACAAACUUUAAUUUAAAUUCUAAUGAUAAUCAAUAUAAGUUUAUUAAAAAUAAUGCUAUUUAUAGAGAAGAUGGUUUAUCUAAUCCAAGUGAUGGAAGAGAUUGGUUUGAAAAUGCUAUUUUAUUAGCUGAUGAUGUUUUGGAGGAUAUGAUGAAUGUAAUUAAUCCUAAUUUACCUACAAAAGAUUAUAAGAGACUGCUUUAA